UGGGCUUUAAGCGCCACAGACCAACCACAACCAGUCGGGGGCUCUAGUCCAGAACCUUCCCGGCUUCCUCCGCCCAUUUCCAGUUCCACUCGCUGCCUUCUUUCACUCCGGCGACGAAACUCCCUAACCCUAGCUUUUCUCUCAUCCCUCCGAUGCGACCUUUCUCCUCCCUUGCUGCCCUACGCCUCCAGGCCCUCCCGCCGGCAUCCGCCUUCCUCCGUCGAGUCCCCUCACGCGCAACAGCCGCCCUCUCCUCCUCCUUCUCCCGCGAUACCUCCCGUAAGCCCGCCCCAGAUAAGAACCUCCUCAAGGCCAGGGACACCGUUAAGGACAUCCCCUCUACCUCCUCCACGCUCGAUUCCAACGACGAGCGUCGCCACCACCUCCUCCCCUCCCAGGCCGUCGGCCUUGUGGCCGCCGCCCAGGCUAACUUCAUGCGUGUCAUCGUGGAGUCUGUUGGGGGAACCCCCGAGAACCCUGGCUUCUUCGGGGACGAUCCGCGGAUUGGGCGGGAGCUGCUCUGCGUCGUCAGGGCUCUGCUUAAAAAGAUUAAGAGGCGGGUGCUCGUUGGUGACAAGGUGCUUGUCGGUUCCGUGGACUGGGUGGACAGCAGGGGGAUGAUCGAGGACGUGUUUCAGCGGAACUCAGAGAUUUUAGAUCCGCCGCUGGCCAAUGUUGAUCACCUAUUGGUGCUUUUCUCGAUGGAUCAGCCAAAGCCUGAGCCCUUCACGCUAACUCGGUUCUUGGUUGAAGCAGAAUCCACUGGAUUGCCGCUCACGUUAGCCAUGAAUAAAUUGGAGCUCGUUGACGACGAGACUUUAUCCGCCUGGAAAGAAAGGUUACAUGGAUGGGGCUACAAACCUUUAUUUUGCAGUGUUGAUCAGAAAUCUGGAUUGGCUGCUCUUGAGGACAUAUUGAAGGGACAAACAACUGUAAUUGUUGGUCCAAGUGGUGUUGGGAAGUCCAGUCUUAUCAACUCCUUGAGGCUUACUUCGGGAAUUUCUGAUGAAGAUGAAAUAAAGAAAUUACUUGAGCAUUAUGAAAGAAGUAAGUGGCUGGGAGAACAACGUGUUGGCAAUGUGUCUAAAGGUGGCAAAGGAAAGCACACUACAAGACAUGUUUCUUUGCUCCCGCUUUCUGGUGGAGGCUACCUUGCUGACACUCCUGGUUUUAACCAGCCUAGUCUGAUGAAAGUUACAAAGAGAUCUCUUGCAGAUACAUUUCCAGAGAUCAGAACGAUGCGCAAAGCUAGCGACCCCCUUAAAUGUGCAUUUAGCGACUGUUUACACCUUGGUGAACCUGGAUGCAUUAUCAAGGCAGACUGGGAAAGAUAUCCAUAUUAUUUACAAUUACUUGAUGAGAUCAGAAUCAGAGAGGAAUUCCAAUUACGAACGAUAGGAACAAAGAGAGAAGGCGAAGUGAGGUACAAGGUGCGUGAAAUGGGUGUCAAGCAAGCAGAACCUCUUUUGGAACUUAAAAAACAUAGGAGGGUAUCAAGGAAGAGGCUGAACCAGUCUAUUCUUGAUGAUAUUGAUGAUCUUGAAGAUCUAGAGGACUACUGGUCAGAGGAAAGUGCUAAGUGAGGUUGGAUACCAGACAUAACUCUCUAAGAUGGAAGCUAUUACAUUGUUUUGUUAUGUAUAUAUAGUGAACGGCCAGGUAUGAACACUACCUCCUAUUAUGACCUCAUAGGAAUAGGCUAAUGUGCUUAUUAGUUGUAGUACAUGUUAGCUGAUUCCACAUAAUGAGAUAAAAGUUUGCUACUCCUAUUACUCUCGACAA